ACGCCAACAAUUUUUCGCAAACUCACUACUGCUCUGACUACUUCCCCCUUUUUCUCUUUUCUUUCUCACAAAUUCGUAAUAUCAAAGCAGCAGCAGAAGAAGAAGAAAGUGGAACAGUAAAGUUUGAAUGAAAUGAUGUCAAAAAAAAGCAUAGCCAACGCAGUGGGCGGAAAGACCGCAAGAGCCUGCGACAGCUGCGUCCGGAAACGAGCCCGAUGGUACUGCGCCGCAGACGAUGCCUUCCUCUGCCAAUCCUGCGACACCGCCGUCCAUUCCGCCAACCCACUCGCCCGUCGCCACCAACGCCUCCGCCUCAACUCCGCCACCAAUAAUUCCACCCCGUCUUGGGUUUCUGGGUUCACCCGUAAGCCCCGGACACCUCGUCCCCGCCCCAAAUCAGAGGACAUCCUGAUAUCCGUGGUGCCGGAGACGGACGACGCGGUCUCCGGGUCCCAGGAAGAUCAAGAAGAUCAGGCGUUGUAUAGAGUCCCGAGUUUGGUUGAUGAUAAUGAUGAGUUGGAUUUGGAUCUUUCGGAUUUUGCUGCGGAUGUGGAGAGCUUGCUGGGGAGGAAUUUGGAGAACGAGUGUUUUGAUAUGGAGGGGUUGGGAUUGGUCAAAGUGGAGGAGGAUUAUUGGAGAGUUGGGGAGGGAUUUGAGAGUGAGGUGGAUUUGAUGGUGGGAGAGCCCAUGCGGAUGCCGAUGCCGAUGCCGAUGCAGUUCAAUAUUGAAGAGAUGAAGAUACCAGUGGUAGUGGGGGUCAAGAAUGAAAGAGAAGAAGAAGAAGAAGAAGAGGAAUCAUUGGAAAGCAAGAAGAAGAAGAGAAGAGUACUGAGUUUGCGAUUGGAUUGUGAAGCAGUAAUUGAAGCAUGGGGGAAUCUUAAGUCUCCAUGGACCAACGGAGAACGCCCUGAUUUUGACCCUGACCAACCCUGGCCUAACUCCAUGGUGGUUUGUGGAGUGAGCUACGGGCACACAUGUGGAGAAUAUGGAGUGAACAUGGCAGCAAUGGGAGACGGCGGAAGGGAGGCACGUGUUUCACGGUAUAGGGAGAAGCGGCGAACGAGGUUAUUUUCGAAGAAAAUAAGGUAUGAGGUACGAAAAUUGAAUGCAGAGAAGAGGCCGAGAAUGAAAGGAAGGUUUGUGAAGAGAACGCCUUUUGCACAAUCAACUCUUCCCAUUAUUAGUAUUAAUUAAGUGAAUACUAAACCAAUCAAAAUCAACAAACUUUAUGUACAUUAUCAAUACUGCUCGUCUCUACCCAAUCAUAAAUAAGUUCAUCAUAGUUUAAUCUGUAUAAGCUUAUUGGAAAGCUUAUAAGAAUUAGUUUUAUUAUGUUAUAUCUUUUCCUUAGUCUCUUCUUUUUGCACUUGUUAUAUCCGAAUAGAGUAUAGUAUACUAAUCCAAAAUUUGAAUCCCUCUUUACUUGGUUUCA